GAGAAGCAGCACAUCGCAGUUCUACAGUAUCCCUCAUAUAAACCAAUACCAGAGGCAUGGCAGCUGAGUUACCAACAAUCACCACCAGGCCGACUAUUGUUUCUCAACCCAAUUUCAACGCAGAGAAAGCAGCAACCAAGCUACACAGAUGUCUAAAAGGAAUUGGUACAGACGCCCGGGUAAUCAUUGACCAACUGACAAAUCACUCAAACCAACAACGCCAGGAAAUGAAACAAAAAUACCAGAACAUGUAUGGAAGGUCAUUGACUGAAGACCUCAAGGUUGAACUUGGCGGCCAUUUUGAAGACGUUUCUCUGUCACUGUUACAGCCACUUCCGGAGUUCCUGGCAGACUGUUUGUACCUCGCUGGGAAGGGGCUAAAGACAGACGAGAAAUGCGUUAUUCAGAUUCUCUGUUCCACUAGUGAAAUG